UAGGUGAAACAUGAAGCUCCAAAAGCUCAAAUAACUUGCCUAAGAUUGCCCUGUCAGGAAAUGGGAAAGACAGGGAAUCCUUUCUUCAGCGCCAGCCCUGCCCAUGCUGGCGAUGGAAUCGUGGGGCUGAGUCAUGUCUGCCCGCAGCUGCUCUUCUUUGCCAUCCCUGGGCACUGAGGUCUGAAACUCGACCCUGGCAAGGACCAGCCCUACCCCCUUGGAGGAAAUGGCUGAGCAACCUCAGCAACAGCAGAUGAAAACUUCCUUCCUCUUCAUCCAGCUGCAGGCCCCCCCUCUCCGAGCUCUCCCCGCCCAGUCUCCAGCUAGAGCAGCCUCAAGAGCAGCCCCAGGGGGCCGGGAGGAGGGACCUAUUUCCCUAAGUCCCAGGACAGACUUCUUGGCAGGCUGGGACCGGAGGCGCACACGAGGCUUAGCUGCUUCUCCUUCAAGACUGCUGCCUGACGCUAGCCUAAGGGGAGAGGACCCCGCAGCUCUUGGUUGCUACUCACCCAAGGAGAAGAAGGAGAGAGAGGAAAAUCCCCAGGAUCUGGAUGUCAGGAGGAGUGGUGUUUGCAGAUCCCUACGUUGUGGGUGUCGCCUGGCUGCAGCCUCUGGGAAACUUGGAUGGCCACAGUCGCUGUCAUGCAGGCUGGCUAGCCCCGCUCCUGCCAUGAGCAAUGGAAACAGCGAUCCCUCCAUGGGCUGCAAGCAUUGGCCAUUCGCUUCCAUCCCCCAGGACCUGUGGGACAUGGACUCCCAGGCCAGAGAUGCUUUACGAAGCCCAGUGCAGGCCACCUGGGUCCACACUGCCCACAGGGUCGAAAGGGCAGAGCUGAGAAAGGCACCUCAUCAGGUACUUCUGAAGAAAUGUGACCAGGGCCACGGGGUUACAAUGCUGGCGACCAGGGCACAGCUGUGCAGAUACUGCCCCGCCAUUCAGAUCAGCCAGACCUGCCCGGCCCCACCAGCUGCUCUGCCUCUCAAGGCAGAGACAUUUGUUUGGGUUAAUAACGCAUCAGCACAUUCCCAGAGUGUUGCCAAGGCCAAAUAUGAAUUUUUAUUUGGCAGAUCAGAAGAGAAGACUCCUGAUACUAGUGAUCAUGGAGGAAGCACUUUACUCCCACCAAAUGUCACUAAUGAAUUCCCAGAAUAUGGGACCAUGGAGGAAGGAGGAGAAGGCCUGAGAGCGUCUCUGGAGUUUGAUGCAGAGUCUCUGCCAUGCCGCCCACCAAGGCAGCAGGGAGUCCAUCUUCUUGCUGGCCAAGACUCUGGGCUCAACAGUGUUACCGAAGGACCAAAAGAUUUCCGAGAGGCUCCCUCCCAAAGUCACCUCAAGGAACAAAGUUUACAACAUAUUGACUCUUUGAUUUCUGCUCUGAAAGCCACAGAAGCCAGAAUAGCUUCAGAGACAUUACAGGCUACAAAGGUACUGGACAAAGAUGUUUCUAGUAUUUCAGUUCAGCAGGUAGAAAAAGAGCUGGACAUUGGCAGUCAUAAAACACAGAGAACCAACAAAUUAGUCCCUGCUGGCCAGGAACAGUCACCAGAUAUACCUCUUUCAGCAGAAGUCACGACUGAGGAAGAUGUUUAUUUGAGCAUCGAGGAGGAUCUGACUGCACUGUUAACUGGAGACGCUCAGGCAGAGCUUUCCCAGGUAACUCAUGAUGAGAGACAACGGUCUGUCUGUGUGCAGGAGCCACCGUGUCCUGUGUCCUCCUUACAGAGCUCAGCUGUAACCUGUAACUUGGCAGACAGCAGUAGAGUUUUGCAAGAGCAGAGGUCUGACCUUGGGAGAGAGCAUCCUGGAGGAUGUGAUCGAGGAGGGCCCCUGGUACGCUCAGGCCGGAUCAAACAUGUGGAAUUUCAAGGAGUAGAGAUACUGUGGACAGGAGGGAAGAGAGAGACCCAGCAUCCUGGAGAUUUUGUGACGUCAGUGGAAAGGACAGCCCCUCCUGUGAACAAAGACUUUCCCAAAGCCCCAAGCCCUCACAUCUCAGCUGCUGGCGUACGUAAUUCCAUUGGUUUAACUGGGAAUGCUGGGAAUGAAAGCUGGAAAGCUCCUUCAGAGAGGCCUGGGACCAGCUCAGGGACAUUGUCCCCCAUGCCUCUUGUUGAAAGUGGAGAAGAUGAGGUCUUCUUAAAAGAAAACAAAGAACAUCUUGAGAACCCUGACCUAGAGCAAGAGAAAGAAAGGCUUCUUGACCAGGAGCAGCAUCUUCAGGGAGGAGACGAUGAUAUCCUUGGGCCUGGAUAUACAGAAGACUCCACUGAUGUCUACAGCUCCCAGUUUGAGACCAUUUUGGACAACACUUCUUUAUAUUACAGUGCAGAGUCAUUGGAGACAUUGUACUCAGAGCCUGACAGCUAUUUUAGCUUUGAGAUGCCCCUUACCCCGAUGAUACAGCAGCGUAUUAAAGAAGGUGGUCAGUUCUUGGACAGGACCUCAAUGGGAGGACACCAGGAUGUUUUAAGCGUCUCAGUGGAUGGUGGGAUAGUGAUGGGCUAUUCCACUGGGCUCACCAAUGGGCUGAAUGAUGCCAGCGAUUCUGUCUACACCAAAGGAACCCCGGAAAUUGUGGUCUGGGGAAGCAAUGCUGGGGUGAGAACAACACAUCUAGAAGCUCAGUCUGAAAUGGGGAGCACUGAAAUUCUGGAAAAGGAGACUGCAGAGAGUCUUAGUAAUGGUACCAGCAGCAACUUGGAAGCGGCCAAAAGAUUGGCCAAACGCCUUUAUCAACUAGACAGAUUCAAAAAAUCGGAUGUCGCAAAACAUCUAGGCAAAAACAAUGAAUUUAGCAAACUAGUUGCAGAAGAAUAUCUGAAGUUCUUUGAUUUUACAGGAAUGACACUAGAUCAGUCUCUCAGGUAUUUCUUUAAAGCAUUUUCUCUUGCGGGAGAAACUCAAGAAAGAGAAAGAGUAUUAAUACAUUUCUCUAAUCGAUACUUUUACUGUAACCCAGAGGCCAUCGCUUCACAAGAUGGAGUACAUUGCCUUACCUGUGCGAUGAUGCUGCUUAACACAGACCUCCAUGGCCAUAAUAUUGGAAAGAAGAUGACCUGCCAAGAGUUCAUUGCAAAUCUUCAAGGAGUAAAUGAAGGUGUUGAUUUCUCUAAGGAUCUGUUGAAAGCUCUGUACAAUUCAAUCAAGAAUGAGAAGCUUGAAUGGGCAGUAGAUGAUGAAGAGAAAAAAAAAUCUCCUUCAGAAGGUACUGAUGAGAAGGCCAAUGGAACGCAUCCGAAGACCAUCAGCCGGAUUGGGAGUACGACUAACCCAUUUUUGGACAUUCCUCAUGACCCAAAUGCUGCUGUGUACAAAAGUGGAUUCUUGGCUCGGAAAAUCCAUGCAGAUAUGGAUGGAAAGAAGACUCCGAGAGGAAAGCGAGGAUGGAAAACCUUUUAUGCUGCCCUGAAGGGAACUGUCCUUUACUUGCAAAAGGAUGAAUAUAAGCCAGAGAAGGCCCUGUCGGAGGAGGACUUGAAGAACGCCGUAAGUGUGCACCACGCUCUGGCCUCCAAGGCCACGGACUAUGAGAAGAAGCCCAACGUGUUUAAGCUCAAAACUGCUGACUGGAGGGUCCUGCUCUUCCAAACCCAGAGUCCUGAGGAGAUGCAAGGAUGGAUAAGCAAAAUUAAUUGUGUGGCAGCAGUAUUUUCUGCACCACCAUUUCCAGCAGCUAUUGGGUCUCAAAAGAAAUUCAGCCGCCCACUUCUGCCUGCCACUACAACAAAAUUAUCUCAGGAGGAGCAGCUGAAAUCUCAUGAAAGCAAACUGAAGCAGAUUACCACGGAGCUGGCUGAGCACCGCUCAUAUCCCCCCGACAAGAAGGUCAAAGCCAAGGACGUAGAUGAAUACAAGCUGAAAGAUCACUAUCUGGAGUUUGAGAAAACUCGUUAUGAAAUGUAUGUCAACAUUCUGAAAGACGGAGGCAAGCAGCUCCUGAGUAACGAGGAAAGUGAGACUGCAGGACUGAAGAAGUCACAUUCAAGCCCUUCGCUGAACCCAGAUUCUUCUCCAAUCACCGCCAAGGUCAAGCGUAAUGUGUCAGAGAGGAAGGACCACCGACCGGAAACACCAAGCAUUAAGCAAAAAGUUACCUAAAAUCCAUCUGCGGCCAGGAAGUGCUGGUCAUGGAGCAAAAUAGGGUUUUUCAAGAUCUUUCUGGUAAUCCGUGAAUAUAUUUAAAAAAAAAUUCUGUGACUAAAUGGUGCAUUAGUAACUUUUUCUAUUUGUAGUUUUUGUUAGUUUCUGUAUAGAUUGUCUUUGCUCUUGAUUUCUAUGCUUUGAUGACUUUUGCAACUCAGUAACUAAUGCACCUUUCUGUGUAUGUGAGGAGCCGGAGGAUCGUGAUUCCAGAAUUACGGAUCCCUUCUCCUUUGAUUUUGUUUUCUUUGUACUCUGCUCAGUUGUUUUAUGUUUUCUCAAUCAACUGGUCUACUUUUUUUUUUUUAAGAUUGAAAAAAUUCAAUCCUUUGUGAAACACUUAACUGGAGAAACAUUGUGGUUUAGUCUAUUCUAGCCAGAAUUCAUGUCUUUAUAUGUGAACUCUCACCCAGUCACAGAGGUGAAAUUGAGUACUGACAGAUGCUCAAGUAAGAAUGACAGUGCUGGGGUCAAGGUGUUCUGAUGGGAUGCAGCUCUAUGCGCAUCUUAGCAGGAAUUGUUGAGUUCAGGCCUGCUGGAAGCAGGGCACAGGGAGUAUGAAGAUCGCAGGACUAGAGAACUUUUGGAAGCACAUGUGCUUGCUGAAGGUAUGGAUUCCAUUCCAGCAAGUAAGGGAUAGAAGAAGUGGAAUCAUUUUGCCUUUGAAGUCCAAGGUUAAAUUGCUAUUGAGUUAACUUUGCUUUCUAAAGGGUAGAGGCAAUAAUCUACUCUUGGCAAGCUACAGCAGUAGAUAUGAGUUUGGUCUAUAAGCAAUUGUUACUUCAUGCUCACCGGGUCUAGACUAGGAAACCAGAAUCAUCUCUAUCAGUCGUAAUUUUCCAUUCAGGAACAGUUGCUUUUUUGCUCUACACACACGUAUAGGUAUGGGGUCAUCUCUCGAUUGAAACAAACUAGUAUUGAAAAUGGAAUUCCUUUUGUUCUUUCCUAAAGUCAAGACAGAAUUAGAGAGUAAAUAGCAGUUUCAGUUCUUCAGCAAUGGGUAUUGAUUCCUUAGACUAAAUCUGAAAGUAAUAUCUGACUGGAUUGUGGUUAGGAAAGGGAGACUUCUGCCAGUGUAAUAGACAAUUUACUAGUCUAUUCUUAUCUCCCUCUCUUCAGUAGCCACUUCACUCUGUCACUGUUAACUUCUUCCUAAAAAUGCUGUCUAUUUUAAUCAUUUCUUUCUGUGUAUUCAAAAUAGUACUAUUCACCUCCCAGUCACAAGCUUUCUCUGGUGAUAGUCCCUUUGAAGUCCAGGGUAAUAACAGAAUACAUACUCUCUGACAUAGGAAGAGAAGGAAAUGAACAUUGAGCCCCUUGACUUCUAACUUUGGGGUUUCCAACCUCAAAAUUCUGUUUUGUCUAAAGCUGUCAUCUUCUCAAAUAACACAACUUCAAGACUAAUGGGAUUAUUUAAAUCUUUGUUUCUUCCCAUAGAAAUUUUCUCUACUUUUACUUAGUUUACUAGUUGAAGGUACUAUGACCAAAGCAUUAGCUGCUGUGCAUGAAUGAAUGGUCCCAGUGGAUUAGGGAAAGCCUGCUAAAGAAUCAUGGUAGUUUUAGUGACACUAUUAGGGUAUACUAGCACUUAUUUAUUAAUGUUUACUUUUGUAACUAUAUACACGUCUGUAUUGGUGCCCAAGGAAGAAGAGCCUUUCUCUAAUAUGUAGAUCCUUGCUAUGUGGUAUUUCGCCAAAUCUUUGAAAAACUUCCUCAAAUCUCGAUUGUGUUUGAAUAAAGGCAAUGACUAAUUGUAUGUUCUACCACCUGAAACAAAUACGGCAAUAUCCAAAGUGAUCUAAGUACCUAAAUCAUUUUGGUAGCUUCUUGUGAAUCUAAGAUUCCAACAAGCAAGUGGCUUUUCUUCCCAGAAGCUGAACUGCUACCAUCUGUGUUCUGCCUAAAUGUUUGCACAGCGGAAGGGAGAGAGGUUCCCAGACGCUGUUGUGCGGGCAUCAGCACCUCAGUACAAUUGACAUGUUUGGGUGUGUUUGUCCUCCUCUGUGUCUAUGUAUAUAGGAUGUUUGUAUUUGUUGACUUAAAAAUAUAUAAUAUACACCAGAAUGGUACCUUGCUACAGCAUUGCUCGCCAUCAUCAGCACUGUGGCACUGCUCUUGUCACAAGACUCACUGGGGUUGGCUCUGGGGACAUUUGAACAUGCUCAUAGAUAAUCAGGUGACAAGGGCACUUUCAAACCUGCACAAUACCUUGUCCACAUCAUUUAUCUUUUUAAAAAACGAAGUCAAUGUUGUUUUGUGAGCCCGGAUCUCAGCUGCCCUAGUGUAGUGUUGUUUUUCUUCAGAGGCUGGGCUAGAAACAUCUCCUCCCCGGGGUGUCUGGAAGGAUGCUGUCUGCUGUCAGUACAUGUAGCAGGCCAAGAGAUUAUCCUAUGGGAGCGAACAGCUUCUGAUCUGACUAGAUUCUGAGAGUCUGGUGCGUAGCCAACCACUAUUCUUAGUGAUCAUCUAUAGUAGUCAGAAGAAGUGAAACGGGAUCCCCUCACUGCUUCUCCAAGCUUGUUGCCCGAUUCAUGGUACAGGGAGUCUCUUCCCCCUCUUUUCUAUAGAAGGUACUCUACCAAUCCCCUCUCCACCUGCUCUUCUCCCCUACUUCAUGGCUUGGGAGCUCUGAGCUUCUAUCCAUUCGUUUUCUUUGUAUAAAUAUCCUUAGUAAUAAUUUUUAGUGUACAAAAUAUUAUGUCAUCAAAAGACCUUGUUGAUAGUCUUGUUGCAGAAUUGAUCACUAAAGUGGCCCAAGUAUAAAAUCUGUCUGCAAACUUAGCCCCACUUCAUUUGGUGGGCUUUUAUAGGAAGCUGUCAAUCAUAAUUGUUACUGACAUACGAAGUCCCUCUUGAUUGAUAGACCACAGAUAAUGUGCAAUGUGCAAUGUCCUUUCAUAAAUAUCAGUUACCUAACUUUUGCCAAUGUUUAAUGAGCCAGGUAUUACAUUUUAAUUCAUCUCAGUCAGACCAACAUGUGGGAGUAUCCUCUGAUAAAAAUACAAUUUUUUCAGUUGCCUGUCGGUAAAGGGAAAAGGCAAUAUUUUCUCAUGUAGCAGUCACGUGCUGGUUCUGAGUUCUCUUGGUUCUCCCACUGUUGCCAGAAGACAAGGACUGCUUCCUAGUCAGAAGUGACAUGAAAACACUAAUUUUGGAACAGGAAAAGCUGGCUGGCUUUCCAAAGCUCAGCUAGGUUUGGGUUUCGUUCUAAGGGCAAGCAUGGUGCUUCUGAAGCUGAGGGAGAAGUUAUAUAACCUGAAGAGAAAGAGGCCAUUCGCUACCUGAGCAUGGUUACACAGGCCCCUCCUCUAUCAAGUGAAGAGCCAGAGUUGUGUUCUGAGAAACGGCAAGACCCACUCUGUUCUGAGGUGCAGUGUCUCCAUUGUGUUCUUGUCAAGACCUUGUAGAUGUGGUCAGUUGGCACUGGAAUGUGAGUUGUUUGGCAGGGUUCCUUGGACUCUUCGUUUAAGCCUACUUCAGCCUCAGUUGAUAGCAGGUUUCUUUGCUUUGUAGGUCCACAUCUCUUUAGUUUAGCUGCUGUGGGUUCAGUUGAGUUUUUCAGCAGGUCAGUAGCCAUGUUCUGUGAUGUUCAGCUGUGAAUGAUACCUGCUGAAUGACAGAUUUCUUCCCAGUUGAAAAGCUCUCCCUUGGCUUUAAGUAGAGAAAUUCAGGAAUGGCAGUGCACCUUGGCUUUAAAUGGGAUCUGCAUUUGUUUCAGUGCCUCUGUCCUAAGCAACGCAGAUAGCGUGAGUCAGUUUGAUAGGCAGAUGACAUGCUGGGCCUCCUG